UAAUGGAACAAGCCUCGAACCCCCGAGCCGCGCAGGCGCACUGGCGGCCCCUCGGCGCUCGCUCUCUGCUGCUCUGCCGCUCGCUCUCAUUCGAGCUUCACUGGAAAGGAGGAAUCAAACUUCCGGUUGGUAUCAUGGCGGCAUUGUGGGGUCUGAAAAAAAUAAAAUACUAAUCAUAAUAAUAACCAUCAUAAUAAUAACCAGCCCUCCCCUACCCCCACCCCCGUCCAGUUUCCAACAGCGGCUUCCGAUAAGGAUUAAAGAGUGAAGAAUAAACUGUAGGGAAAAAAUAACUAAAAAAAAAAAAAGAACCUCUUCUGUUUGGGAGUCGCAGUAAACCCACCCCGGCUCUCUUCGGCCGGCCAUGGCGGCGCAUAAACCCGUGGAAUGGGUUCAGGCCGUGAUCAGCCGAUUCGACGAGCAGCUUCCAAUCAAAGCAGGACAGCAGACUACCCACACCAGAGUCAGCACAGAACACAACAAGGAAUGCCUCAUCAACAUCUCCAAGUAUAAGUUUUCCCUCGUCAUAAGCGGCCUCACUAACAUCUUGAAAAAUGUGAACAACAUGCGGAUAUUUGGGGAAGCAGCAGAGAAGAACUUGUACCUGUCCCAGCUCAUUAUACUGGACACACUGGAGAAAUGUCUGGCAGGGCAACCCAAGGACUGCAUGAGGCUGGACGAGACCAUGCUGGUGAAGCAGCUGCUGCCAGAGAUCUGCCACUUCAUCCACACGUACCGGGAAGGGAACCAGCACGCCGCGGAGCUCCGGAACUCGGCCUCUGGGGUCCUCUUCUCUCUCAGCUGUAAUAACUUCAAUGCUGUCUUCAGCAGGAUCUCCACCCGGUUGCAGGAGCUUACGGUGUGCCUGGAAGACAAUGUGGACAUCCACGAUAUUGAGCUCAUGCAGUACAUCAACGUGGACUGUGCCAAACUCAAAAGGCUUCUGCAAGAGACCGUGUUUAAAUUUAAAGCCCUGAAGAAGCCGGCCCAGCUGGGUGUAAUCAACAGCCUCGAAAAGGCGUUUUGGAACUGGGUGGAAAACUAUCCGGAUGAGUUUACGAUGCUGUAUCAGCGACCUCAGACUGACAUGGCAGACUGCGCGGAGAAGCUCUUCGACCUGGUGGACAGUUUUGCGGAGAGUGCGAAGCGGAAAGCGGCCGUGUGGCCCCUGCAGAUCAUCCUGCUCAUCCUCUGCCCCGUGAUCAUCCAGGAGAUCUCCAAGGAGGUGGUGGAGGACAGCAAGGUGAACAAGAAACUGUUUUUGGACAACUUGCGGAAAGCCCUGGCGGGGCAUGGCGUCAGUAAGCAGCUGACGGAGAGCGCUGCCAUCGCCUGUGUGAAACUCUGCAAGGCCUCCACCUACAUCAACUGGGAGGACAACUCCGUCAUCUUCCUCCUGGUGCAGUCCAUGGUUGUAGACCUCAAGGCUUUACUCUUCAACCCCGGCAAGACGUUCUCCAGAGGAACCGGCAGUCAGAGUGCGGACAUGGACCUCAUGAUUGACUGCUUCGUGUCCUGCUUCCGAAUAAACCCGCACAACAACCAGCAUUUCAAGGUCUGUUUGGCACCAUCCUCCCCGCCCACCUUCCAUUUUGUGCUGGUGAACUCUCUCCACAGAAUCAUUACCAAUUCGGCUCUGGAUUGGUGGCCCAAGAUCGACGCGGUGUACUGCUACUCGGGGGAGCUGCGGGGCAUGUUCUCGGAGACUCUGAGCCGAGUGAUGCAAGGCUUCAGUGCACACGCUCCCUUACGCAUGACGCCGAGUCUCACAUUUAAAAUUACCAGCCUUAAAUUUAAAGAAAAAACGACAGAUUUGGAUACCAAGAGUUAUAAGUAUUUGCUGUUGGCCGUUGUGAAAUUAAUCCAUGCAGACCCAAAACUGCUGCUGCACAAUCCCGGAAAGCCAGGCCAUGAAAUCCAGAGCAGCACUGCAGAGUUAAUCACAGGGCUGGUACAGCUGGUCCCCUUGCCCAACAUGUCUGAGGUUGCCCAGGAAGCAAUGGAGGCUUUAUUGGUUCUGCAUCAACCAGAAAACAUUGAACUGUGGAAUCCAGAUGCACCAAUAGAAACCUUUUGGGAUAUAAGCUCCCAGGUUCUCUUUUUUAUCUGCAAGAAACUAAUCGGUCACCAGAUGUUGAACAGCACAGAGAUUCUGAAGUGGCUGAGAGAGAUACUGAUCUGUAGGAAUGCGUUUCUGCUCAAGAACAAGGAAAACGCUACCCUGGGCAGUGGGAUCCCUAUCUGUCGCCAGGCUCAGACCAAACUGGAGGUGUCUCUCUACGCGUUCCUGUGGAGCCCGGACAUUGAGGCCGUCCUGGUGGCCAUGUCCUGUUUCAGGCACCUCUGUGAAGAGGCGGAUAUCAGGUGUGGGGUGGAUGAAGUGUCUGUCCAAAACAUCCUCCCCAAUUACAACACCUUCAUAGAGUUUGCAUCAGUCAGCAACAUGAUGUCAACAGGUCGGGCAGCUUUGCAGAAGAGAGUCAUGGCACUGCUCAGGAGAAUAGAGCACCCCACUGCAGGAAAUACUGAGGCUUGGGAAGAUACAUAUGCAAAAUGGGACCAGGCCACCAAAUUAAUUCUUAACUAUCCAAAAACUAGAAUUGAGGACGGACAGGUUACAGAAAGUCUCCAUAAGACAAUUGUUAAGCGGCGAAUGUCACAUGUAAGUGGGGGUGGCUCUAUAGACUUGUCUGACACGGACUCCUUGCAGGAAUGGCUCAACAUGACGGGAUUCCUGUGCGCCCUCGGGGGCGUGUGCCUUCAGCACCGCAGCAACCCCGGGCCAGCCACUUACAGCCCUCCCAUGGGCCCUGUCAAUGAACGCAAAGGCUCCAUGAUCUCCAUGAUCUCCACUGAGGGCAGCACGGAGACGCCCCUCAGCAAGUUUCUGGACCGCCUGCUCUCCCUCAUGGUGUGCAACCUGGAGAAAGUGGGCCUGCAGAUCAGGACCAGUAUCAAAGACCUAGUGGGGCUGGAGCUGAGCCCAGCGCUCUACCCCAUGCUGUUCAACAAGCUGAAGAACAGCAUCAGCCGCUUCUUUGAUGCGCAAGGGCCGGUUCCCAUCAAUGACACUAAUACGCAGUUUGUGGAGCAGACUAUUGCUAUAAUGAAGAACCUGCUGGAUAACCACACUGAAGGAAGCUCCGAGCACUUGGGCCAGGCCAGUAUUGAGACCAUGAUGCUCAACCUAGUCAGGUAUGUCCGCAUUUUGGGAAACAUGGUGCACGCAAUCCAGAUCAAAACCAGGCUGUGCCAACUGGUUGAAGUGAUGAUGGAGAGACGGGACGACCUUUCGUUUUGUCAGGAGAUGAAAUUCAGGAACAAAAUGGUGGAGUACCUGACGGAUUGGGUUAUGGGAAUCUCCAACCAGGCAGCGGAUGACGACGUGAAGUGUUUGACAAGAGACCUGGAUCAGGCCAGCAUGGAGGCGGUCGUGUCUCUUCUUGCAGGAUUACCCCUCCAGCCAGAAGAGGGCGACGGUGUGGAACUGAUGGAGGCCAAGUCGCAGCUCUUCCUAAAGUACUUCACUCUGUUCAUGAACCUGCUGAAUGACUGCAGCGAGGUGGAGGAUGACGGGCAGCAGACAGGGGGGCGGAAGCGUGGGAUGUCCCGGAGGCUGGCCUCGCUGCGGCACUGCACUGUCCUGGCCAUGUCCAACCUCCUCAACGCCAACGUGGACAGCGGCCUGAUGCACUCCAUAGGGUUGGGCUACCAUAAAGACCUGCAGACUCGAGCCACCUUCAUGGAGGUGCUGACCAAGAUCCUGCAGCAGGGCACGGAGUUCGACACGCUGGCAGAGACGGUGCUGGCUGACCGCUUCGAGAGGCUGGUCGAGCUGGUCACCAUGAUGGGAGAUCAGGGGGAGCUGCCCAUUGCCAUGGCUUUGGCCAACGUGGUGCCUUGUUCGCAGUGGGAUGAACUGGCCCGGGUGCUGGUGACUCUCUUCGAUUCCCGGCACCUCCUGUAUCAGCUGCUGUGGAACAUGUUUUCCAAAGAGGUGGAGCUGGCAGACUCUAUGCAGACGCUGUUCAGAGGAAACAGCCUAGCAAGUAAAAUAAUGACCUUUUGUUUUAAGGUUUAUGGUGCUACCUACCUGCAGAAGCUGCUGGAGCCUUUGCUAAGAGCAGUGAUCACCACUCCGGAGUGGCAGCAUGUCAGCUUCGAGGUCGACCCCACCAGGCUUGAACCCACGGAGAGUCUGGAGGAGAACCAGCGCAACUUGCUGCAGAUGACGGAGCAAUUCUUCCACGCAAUCCUCAGCUCCUCCUGCGACUUCCCUCCCCAGCUGCGCAGCGUGUGCCACUGCUUGUACCAGGCAACUUGCCACUCUCUACUGAAUAAAGCUACCGUUAAAGAAAAAAAGGAAAACAAAAAAUCAGUGGUCAGCCAGCGCUUCCCCCAGAACAGCAUGGGCGCUGUCGGGAGUGCCAUGUUCUUAAGGUUCAUCAACCCUGCCAUCGUCUCCCCCUACGAAGCAGGGAUCCUGGACAAGAAGCCUCCACCCAGGAUCGAACGCGGGCUGAAGCUAAUGUCCAAGAUACUUCAGAGUAUUGCCAACCACGUUUUGUUUACAAAGGAAGAGCACAUGAGGCCGUUCAAUGAUUUUGUCAAAAGCAAUUUUGAUGCAGCAAGAAGAUUCUUUCUGGACAUUGCGUCCGACUGCCCAGCCAGCGACGCUGUCAAUCACAGCCUGUCCUUCAUCAGCGAUGGCAACGUGCUGGCUCUGCACCGUCUGCUGUGGAACAAUCAGGAGAAGAUCGGGCAGUAUCUCUCCAGUAACAGGGAUCACAAGGCCGUGGGAAGGAGGCCCUUUGACAAGAUGGCGACUCUGCUGGCAUACCUGGGCCCCCCCGAGCACAAGCCUGUGGCCGACACGCACUGGUCCAGCCUCAACCUCACCAGCUCCAAAUUUGAGGAGUUCAUGACGAGGCACCAAGUGCAUGAAAAAGACGAGUUCAAGGCUCUGAAAACACUCAACAUUUUCUAUCAAGCCGGGACCUCCAGAUCUGGGAAUCCCGUGUUUUAUUACGUUGCUCGGAGGUUUAAGACGGGCCAGAUCAACGGGGACCUGCUCAUUUACCACGUCCUGCUCACCCUGAAGCCGUACUACGCCAAGCCAUACGAGAUCGUGGUGGACCUGACCCAUGCGGGGCCCAGCAACCGCUUCAAGACCGACUUCCUCUCCAAGUGGUUUGUGGUGUUCCCGGGCUUCGCCUACGAGAACGUGGCCGCCGUCUACAUCUACAACUGCAACUCGUGGGUGCGGGAGUACACCAAGUACCACGAGAGGCUGCUCACGGGGCUCAAGGGCAGCAAGAAGCUCAACUUCAUCGACUCCCCGGGCAAGCUGGCGGAGCACGUGGAGCCCGAGCAGCAGAAGCUGCCCGCCGCCACGCUGGCCCUGGAGGAGGACCUCAAGGUGUUCCACAACGCCCUCAAGCUCGCCCACAAGGACACCAAGGUCUCCAUCAAGGUUGGCUCCACAGCAGUGCAGGUGACCUCCGCAGAGCGCACCCGUGUCCUGGGGCAGUCGGUGUUCCUGAAUGAUAUCUACUACGCCUCGGAGAUAGAGGAGAUCUGCCUGGUGGACGAGAACCAGUUCACCCUGACCAUCGCCAACCAAGGCACCCCUCUGACGUUCAUGCACCAGGAGUGUGAAGCCAUCGUCCAGUCCAUCAUCCACAUCCGCACGCGCUGGGAGCUGUCUCAGCCCGACUCCAUCCCGCAGCACACCAAAAUCCGGCCCAAGGACGUCCCGGGAACUCUGCUCAACAUUGCACUGCUCAACCUGGGCAGCUCAGACCCAAGUUUACGGUCUGCUGCCUAUAACCUCCUGUGUGCCUUAACCUGCACCUUCAACCUGAAGAUUGAGGGGCAGCUGCUGGAGACGUCAGGUCUGUGUAUCCCUGCCAACAACACCCUGUUCAUCGUAUCCAUCAGCAAGACCUUGGCUGCCAACGAGCCCCACCUGACCCUGGAGUUCCUGGAGGAGUGCAUCUCGGGCUUCAGCAAGUCCAGUAUUGAACUGAAGCAUCUCUGUCUGGAGUACAUGACGCCCUGGCUCUUAAACCUGGUGCGGUUCUGUAAGCACAACGAUGACGCCAAGCGUCAGAGAGUCACUGCCAUUCUGGACAAGCUGAUCACAAUGACCAUCAACGAGAAGCAGAUGUACCCUUCCAUUCAGGCCAAGAUCUGGGGCAGCCUUGGACAGAUCACAGACUUGCUGGAUGUGGUGCUGGACAGCUUCAUCAAGACCAGUGCGACAGGAGGGCUGGGCUCCAUCAAAGCAGAAGUGAUGGCUGACACAGCUGUGGCUUUGGCUUCAGGAAAUGUAAAGCUGGUUUCUAGCAAGGUGAUCGGGCGCAUGUGCAAGAUCAUCGAUAAGACCUGCCUGUCCCCCACACCCACGCUGGAGCAGCACCUCAUGUGGGACGACAUUGCCAUCCUCGCCCGCUACAUGCUCAUGCUGUCCUUCAACAACUCCCUGGACGUGGCUGCCCACCUGCCCUACCUCUUUCACGUGGUCACCCUGCUCGUGGCCACCGGCCCGCUGUCUCUCCGCGCUUCCACGCACGGCCUGGUCAUCAACAUCAUCCACUCCCUCUGCACCUGUUCACAGCUCAACUUCAGCGAGGAGACCAAGCAAGUCCUGAGGCUCAGCCUGACUGAGUUUUCUCUUCCCAAGUUCUACCUGCUUUUCGGGAUCAGUAAAGUGAAGUCGGCUGCUGUCAUCGCUUUCCGCUCGAGCUAUCGGGACCGCUCGUUCUCUCCGGGGUCCUACGAGAGGGAGACCUUCGCUCUGACCUCGCUGGAGACUGUCACUGAGGCCCUGCUGGAGAUCAUGGAGGCUUGUAUGAGGGACAUUCCGACGUGCAAAUGGUUGGACCAGUGGACAGAGUUAGCACAAAAAUUUGCAUUCCAGUACAACCCAUCCCUGCAGCCUAGAGCCCUGGUGGUCUUCGGCUGUAUCAGCAAGAGGGUGUCCCAUGGGCAGAUCAAACAGAUCAUCCGCAUUCUCAGCAAGGGGCUGGAGAGUUGCUUAAAGGGUCCUGACAACUACAACAGCCAGGUUUUAAUUGAGGCCACCGUAAUCGCACUGACUAAACUGCAGCCACUUCUCAACAAGGUACGGAAACAGAAGUGCACCCAACCCCUGCAGGACUCCCCCAUGCACAAAGCCCUGUUCUGGGUGGCCAUUGCAGUCCUGCAGCUUGACGAAGUGAACCUGUACUCUGCCGGGACAGCCCUGCUAGAACAGAACCUGCACACAUUGGACAGCCUCCGAGUGUUCAACGACAAGAGUCCAGAGGAGGUGUUCAUGGAAAUCAGGAAGCCUUUGGAAUGGCACUGCAAACAGAUGGAUCAUUUCGUCGGCCUCAAUUUUAACUCUAACUUCAAUUUUGCACUAGUGGGACACCUGCUGAAAGGGUACCGACAUCCCUCCCCCACCACAGUAGCCCGGACGGUGAGGAUUCUCCACACUCUGCUCGCACUCGUGGGAAAGCACCUGAACUGUGACAAGUUCGAGGUGAACACGCAGAGCGUGGCCUACCUUGCGGCCCUGCUGACUGUGUCGGAGGAAGUACGGAGCCGCUGCAGCCUCAAGCACAGGAAGUCCUUGUUGUUAUCGGACAUUUCCAUGGAGAACAUUUCCAUGGAUACGUACUCUUUGCAUCACACUGAUCCCAGCUGUAGGACACUAAGGGAGAGCCAGCCCUGGGCUUCUCCCAAAGUCUCGGACCGGUACCUGGUUGCAAACUAUCCCACCGUGGGGCAGAUCAGCCCCAGAACCCGCAAGUCCAUGAGCCUGGACAUGGGCCAGCCGUCCCAAGCAAACACUAAAAAGCUACUCGGCACUAGGAAGAGCUUUGACCACUUGAUUUCAGACACUAAAGCACCAAAGAGACCAGAGAUCGAAUCUGGCAUCACCACACCUCCCAAAAUGAGGAGAGUAGCAGAAAACGAUUAUGAAAUAGAGACCCAAAGAAUAGCCGCCUCUCAGCAGCAUCCUCACCUGCGGAAGGUAUCUGUGUCGGAGUCCAACGUGCUUCUGGAUGAGGAGGUCCUGACUGACCCCAAAACUCAGGCUCUGCUGCUCACUGUCCUUGCCACAUUGGUAAAAUACACUACAGACGAGUUUGACCAGAGGAUCCUCUAUGAAUAUUUAGCUGAAGCUAGUGUUGUCUUCCCAAAAGUCUUUCCAGUUGUCCACAACCUGCUGGACUCGAAGAUAAAUACCCUCUUGUCACUGUGCCAAGACCCCAAUCUCCUGAAUCCCAUCCACGGAAUUGUGCAAAGCGUAGUGUACCAUGAGGAGUCCCCACCACAGUACCAGCCAUCGUACCUACAAAGUUUUGGUUUCAAUGGGUUAUGGCGGUUUGCUGGUCCUUUCUCUAAGCAAACGCAGAUUCCAGACUACGCGGAGCUCAUCGUGAAGUUCCUGGACGCGUUGAUCGACACCUACCUGCCAGGCAUCGACGAGGAGACGAGCGAGGAGUCUCUGCGGACGCCCACCUCCCCCUACCCCCCCCCUGUGCAGAGCCAGCUCAGCAUCACGGCCAACCUCAACCUCUCCAAUUCCAUGACCUCACUCGCUACUUCCCAGCAUUCCCCAGUUUAUAGACGAUCCCCAACAUUCCCCCAGUUGAGGUCAUCUGAUGUGGUGUCCCUGAAAAUGCCUGCUUCUCUGCCUUGCUCUAAAUCUGCCGUUUUCAUGCAGCCACCCCCCCAUCCAGGAAUCGACAAGGAAAACGUGGAGCUUUCUCCAUCUACCGGGCACACGAACAGCGGGCGGACGAGGCACGGGUCCGCAAGCCAAGUCCAGAAGCAACGUAGCGCCGGGAGUUUCAAGCGCCCCAGCGUUAAGAAGAUUGUGUGAACAAGUGUUAUUACACCUCCAGAUGCACUUUCGGUUUUUGUUCGUUCGUGGGUUGUUUUUUAUUUUAUUAUUUCUCCCGUCAAGUCAGCCAAGUUGCCUGACGAUCAACAUUAUUGAAGAACUGCCUGAAUUUAAAGCCGUUUUUUUAUUAUUAUUAUUAUUAUUAUUAUUAUUAUUAUUAUUAUUAUUAUUAUUAUUAUUAUUAUUGUUGUUAAUAUUAUUAUUUGUAUUUUUUUUUUUUUAAAGACAGCCAGUGUUUCCGAAGCAUUCUAGAAGAAAAAGAAGGUUUUAGUUAAAGUAUAUCAAUUUAGGUAAUAAAAUGUCACUUUUUUUUUAAGCUGGAAGAAAACACUGAAAUUCUUAGCACUGCAGCAGAUGUCUUUAAAAAAAAAAAAAAAGGAAGCCAUUCGUUAGUUCUUUUUUUGUUGCUUCUAUCAUUUUUGCCUUUUUAUAAUAACGAAAAAAGUGUUAAGAAAAAAAGGAAAAGAAAAGUGAAAAUAUUUGCACCCUUUUUUUAAAACGGCAAAGUGGCUUUCUUUAUGGUGGGACACAGUGGAGUAACAGGAGAAGGCCUGACCCUCCUGGGGUGUGCAUUCUCCUUGCUGAAGUGAAAAUACAAUGAGGAGGAGGAGAGCUAAGAGAUCGGCAAGAAGUAGCCUCAUGAACACACGUUUUGUUUAAUGUUUUGGACUGUAAGAUAAGCAGGUUAACCACAGGUACGGUUUGGAGAUUGAACUUUAAGUGAAAAUCAAGAAAAAAAAGAUAUAUUUAUAUAUAUAUAUAUAUGGCAGGCCUUCAGCAUUAAAUUAAAAUAGCUGGUGGUGUAUGUUUUGUGGAACUUGCUGCAAAGUUAAGGGUUCUGCCGUACAAAGCAGAAGACAAUAUCACAAGUUGUGGGCGUGGCAGAUCUCUGUUGAUUUAGGAACACUAAGGUCCUACACGUAAGCGGGGUCAAUUCCAUUUCCAGUUCAUUUUUCAGAUCCAAUUCCUAGUCACUUUUAAUCAGUUCCAACAGAUCGCUGAUGGAAAUUGCAAUCCGCAGCAUUCUGUUAAAAUGAGCUUCGCACGGUGAAGGAAUUGGGAAUUGAUUUUAUAAAGGUGUUGACCCCGAGCCUGGUUGCAGGAGAAGAGAUAUGCGAGGGCUUUUAGAAGUUGUUAGAAGUUAUAUCACAUAUUUAAAUCGUUUCAAAGUGUAGCGCAAAAUGACCCCCUGUGCAUUCACUUUAUACUAGUUAAAUCAGAAGAAAACAAAAAAAAAAAAAUUAUAAGAUAAAUAUAGGUUCUUCUGCCCAUUGUGUGGCUUCAUCAGGGUUUUCAAAAUGCGAAUUUUGAAAUGUGUGUAAUUUGUAGAUAAGUAAGCCUUGCUUUGGAUAGUCAGGACAGGUAGGGUUUGUAGAGUGACUUGUGUUCCACGGAAUGAAAUGCAUCCUAUAAUGGUAUUAAAAUAAAAAAUAUAAAGAACUAUACAAUAACCAAUAUUCUACAGCUAGAUUGCAAUUUCCCGGUAUAGUAGAAUAGUCAGGUUGAAGAACUUCUUUUUUUCGUUAGCAUUAUUUCGCAAAGAUCGACUUAUGACAAGACACUAGGAAUAAUAACGUGAACUUGUAAAUAUUAAAAUGCCUUUAUUUUAUUGAUUAAAAAAAAAAAAAAAACAUUAAAAAAAACGUUUAAUUUGUUUACAGUCGUCCAGUACGAAAACAAUGGAUACAAUCAUAAUAUGCAAACAAUUUGCCAAAAUAAUGUAGAAUUUCACACAAAAAAAGUACCGAUUUCAGGAUCCUCUGUAUUAGUAUUGAGUAGCAUGCAGGUUUCCCUGAGGAUCGUUGUAAGGGUAGCGUUCAGGUUAGCGAAAUUAGAGACCCUAUUUAAACAUGGCCGGUGUAGAGUAAUAGAGUAACAGGGUAUUGUGGACUUUUGUUUUUUGUUUGUUUGUUUGUUUAUAGAAACUCCUUACUUCAUUGAAACGCAAUCUACUUGCAAGUGUAGUUCGACAUCAGACUGCAUCAGUCAGAACCGAUUCUGGUUUUGCUGAGGUUUCCGCCUGGCUGUUCAGAGGCGGUAUGGUGUGACUGAAACGAUGCGAAGCUCGGCGAAUUCUGCCGCAAAAGAAACCCUGCGUCAGACACGGCUGCCUGUACGGAACUGCAGCUUAACAAAUAUGCGGCAGUCACAGUUCUGUUUUAAAACAAUACCGGGCACAAGUGAUGGGUUUAUUAUAACACAUGAAUUAAAAAGACGCAACUUUCUGAAUUGAUUUUGGAUAUUAUGACUGCAGUUAGCCAGAGUGUAACACUGGUGCCCGGUUUAAUGGCAGACCGGCUUAGUGCUAUCAUAAAUGUACAAAAAGGGGUUGUGUUAUUUCUAUAUUUGGUGCCGUGGUGUUAAUUAAAAUAAAUAAAUCAUUAGCCCACAGGGUAAAACAAAAUGGGAAUGGACCAGUGUUUAAUAUAAUGUUCAACAAAAGAGUUAGUUUUGUUUACAGAGAUUUUACCUUGUAUUUGAAUUGUAAAAUAAAUAAAUAUAGGACAAUUGGGCAAAGUAUUAUAUUAGUGUUAAGCAAAUCUAGUGUUAUUCAUGUAAGCGUCUUCUCGUCUGUAUAGUAUUUAAAAGAGGCCAAAGCAGGUCUAACAUGUGGGGCCCAGGUGAGGAGUGACUGAUUCCGAGUAAGCGUUGAAGCAGAUCUGUUAACAGACCUGUUCAAUUUCAGCGUGGAAAUAAUUAGCAAUUCACCUGAAGCGGUGUGUUUUGUAGACACAACUUAUUUUAAACUUUAUGUGACCCCAAACUAGAAUGAACCAAUUAAAAAACAAAAAAAACAAAACUUUUUUCUCACUUCUUCUUGAGAACUCCUGAUCAAUGCGUUUCUCCAUUAUUCGGUGUCGUGUUCUGUCUCCGAGGUGAGUUCUGUCACCUCGAUGUCAUCUUGGGAAGGAGGAUGCUUUACUCGCUCGCCCCUUCAUGUGGUUUAAUAAGACCACCCCCCCUGCUUUCAGUAUCAGGACAGGCAGAUCCAUCCCGCAUCUUGGUGUAGGGCCUAGUAUUGCACUACUCAUAACUGCAGUCACAGACUUAGUUUCUAGGUUUUAAUGAACUCAAAUUCGGCACGUCUUGCCUGAGGUUAUGCAAAACAAAGACUUUGCCGCAAGCAGUCACCUUUUGAGCGCUGACCACACUUUUUUUUUUCUUUUUUUUUAAUGCAGUACGUUCACCUUUUGUAAAUAUUUUUUGUGUAAAAUUUGACAGGUAUAUUUACUACACUGUAAAUACAUGUGAUGAUAAAUUGUAUUAUUUAGCUUUUUUUUGUAAAGCAGUUAGUUUGCUGUACAUGUAUAACAUACAAAUGUAAUUAUUCUAGUGUUAGUAAUGUUCUCUCUCUCUCUCUCUCUCUCUCUCUCUCUCUCUCUCUCUCUCUCUCUCUCUCUCUCUCUCUCUCUCUCUCUCUCUCUCUCUCUCCCCCUUCCAUCCAUUGCAUUAUACUAUGUCAUUAAAACAAGAAAGAACAGACAGUAGAAUAUAAAAUUGCUGUGUAUUAUAAACUCACACUGUGUAUGAUAAACUUACUGUUCCCAUUUUGGGCCUAACCUUGAGAAAUGUUACCUUCAGAAAGAAAAAAAAAACACCCCCACCAUCCAAUCCUGUUAAUACUGUAAGACAAGUGUCUGUGAGCAGGAGAAAGGAAACUGCUGUUUAAAUCUCAAUUGAAUUGUUAAUCGUAGGUACCAUUGUAGAAAUCAUUGUUCAAGAAAUGUGGUGUUCUCAUCGUCCCCACCCCCCCUUUUAUGGAUGUAUUCCUUUUUUUGGAAGUAAAAUGUAAAUUGAACCUGUUA